CCAAAGACAAGGAGACCUGGUGAAGCUACACCCAUCACGAGCACAAGAGUCCUAACGUGCUGUUGAAGUCAUGAGGCGAGACCACAUCCUAACCUUUGCUGUGCUGUGUGUCUUCCAUGCUUGGACUCUGGGUGUGGACUCAAAUAUGAUUUCUCCCCGACUGAAUCGUCGCAAUCCUGGCCAAAUACGCCUUGACAUGGCCCCUGACUCUAUCGAUGACUCCUACGAUGGCUGCAGGAAGAAUAUGCUCUGUGAGGUGACAAAAAAAUUCCUACCAGAGGAGAAAAAUACUGACAGUAAAUUCAAAGUUGCUUGGGACGACGCUAUGACACAAUAUGGCAACAACUAUAAAUCUAACAUUCAACAACUGUCUAAUGACCAUUUAAGGGCAAUUCAUGUGUAUGUGAAUCCACAACGGAUGAUUUAUGCGCAAUUCAAUGAAGCCACUCGUACCCUAGGGAAUAGCUACAAGACAGAUUUUAAGUAUCACUCCUUGCAUUUCCUGUUGUCUGAUGCCUUACGUAUUCUUAAUGAAGCCCAGGGAAAACAGUGUGUAAAAAGCUUCCGUGGAGCCGCUGUAGCUUACCAAGGAGACAAAGAUGACACAAUGCGAUUUGGCCAAUUUACUUCAUCAACUACCGACGAGCUUGUGGCUAAAAUAUAUGCAAAUUGGAAGACCUGUUUUAAGAUCACUACCUGUUAUGGUGCUUCUCUGGCAGAUUUUUCUCAAGUGGAAGCUGAAAAGGAGGUGUUGAUUCCCCCAUAUGAGGUUUUCAAAAUUGCUAAGGUGACCAAGAAUAAAGUAUUGGAAGACAAGGACAAAGAUAUUAAGAGUGAAUGUGAGAUUGUCUAUGAACUAGAGAGCACAAAAACCAAAAGUGACAGGAAUUGCGAUAUUGUCGAAAAAGACUCAACAAAGAAAAUGUGUAACACCAUGUGACACGUGACAUGUUACAUUUCUUGGUCGAGUUCCAGGCCAAAUUCAUUGCAGACGUUGCAUUGCAUCAACCAAUGGUCGGUGCCACCUCUUCGACUGCACAGUCAGGCAUCAGAUUGCUAUAACAUUUAAUCUGUUUAGUUGAUACGUUAAACACCUACCCAAUCGUUGUGAGAUCUGGCAGGCGUCUGUGAUGUAGUCAGGCUGGAACACCAUCCAUCUUUUACCCAGGUUCAUGUGUGUUUCCAGGUGCAGCUUAUUGCAAUCACUAACUGUAAGUCGCUCUGGAUAAGAGCGUCUGCUAAAUGACUAAAAAAAAUUAAAAAAUGGCGGGGCUUGGCUGCUAAAUACCAGGCUGUUGGGUCAGUCUUGUUCUCCCCACGCUGUGUGAAGGUUGGUGUGCCUUGUGAGGAUGGAAGUGGUGACGGUCCUUUAAUUAAUUUGUAAGUAUCUGGGGGGCGGUUUCCCAGACACAGAGAUUCUUCAAGGAUAGGUCUUAAUCUG